AUGAUCCCCGGAGGUGACCCAAAAGAGAUUGAUCAUCGCACAACCACGGUGGAGAGUCGCAAUAUCAUCAUGGGCAAUUUCGCAAGAUACAUAUCUACAAGAGGGACAAGACAUGACAACGGCGGGCUGUGUUCUCCAGCGUCAUUUCCCCUCCUCCACCCCCCUUACCCCUUCCCGGCAGCGGCGCCCUUCCCCCUUCCACUAAGGUUGCCCGCUAAGGUGAGGACAAGCUCUAGCGCCCAGAGCAGUCCAUUACCACUGCAAAUGCUGCCCACAACCAUUAUCAGUGCGUUCAGUCCAUUAAAUGUUCCUACCUACCCGCUACCUAUGUUCGUGGCCCAGAUCCUCCCAAGUCCCCCCCCCCCCUCCCCCCAGUGCAUCCCCCAAAAUCCACUGGACUCGCCCAUCCACGCCCCUUUUUUUGCACCCAACCCCAAGGGCGGCAGGGCCCCAGCAGCUCCUCCUUCCGCUUCAUCGAUUGGUUCCAUUGGUCGAGGCAUCCCAGCCAGUCACCUCGACGUUUCAUGCUUCACCACCUCCGUCGCGGAUUCUGCUCUUGUUCUGCUUCUCUAUCCGUACGUUGUUGGCCUUGCUGCAUGCGCUCUGUUUUGCGUUGCUCUCGAGUUUCUGCUCUACUUUCAAGCCGCCCUUUGCAUCUUGUCCCACGUCUUUUCUGCGGCAUUUGCUUUUUCUCUGCAUCCACCACCGUCAGAAUAUCCCCCUUUGACACGACAUUUCAUCCUCCCGCCCUGUCAUGCCGUGUCGCAUCCGCCGCCUGUCCGUACAUUGACGCUUGAAAGACAACGGAUUGGAAGAAACAAGAACCCCUUUCUUCCUUUCCCGCCCCUCUACCGCAAUAUCUCACUACCAGCCUGCGACACAUUCCUCGACCGUCUCCAAUACUUUCUUUAUUCACCACCCCGUCUCUUGAACCUGAACCUGAACCGCACGCAGUCCUGUUGGCACACCCGCCCAACCUUUAACCGGCAUACUCCAAAUACAGAAAGCGAGAGAAAGGUUCUGCGACAAUACGUAUUUAGGUUGGCUUUUGGGUUUCCGCCUUGGUUUUGGUACGAAGGAGGAGAAGAAAACCCGCCUCCUUCUCGAUUUCGAUACUCCCUUUGUUCGCUGCGCCGCGUCUCUGUUCUUUCGACAGCCUGCCGCUCAUCUACGCGCGAACAUACUCCCCCUCAAAACUUGCCCAGGUCUACCAUGAAUGGUCGCAAUGCGCCUCUCUCACCUGUCUCUCUAGGUGGAAGCGAGUGGUCUGUUGGCAAAUACCCGAACAUCAACGACGACCCGUACGCAAAAAACCGCGGCAACAUCGUAUCACCCCCGAAUUCAGGAGGCUCCAACGGAGCCAUGAAUGGCAAUUUCCCCCCCGGUCCCCGGAGCGCCGGCGGUCCCUCGCCGCCGCCCUCUGUCGGCCGAUCCAGCAAUGGCACCAAUAUGUAUGCGAGGAGCGAGAGCGGACGAAGUAUCCGCGAGGAGCAAGCCGAGGGCAUACUGGGCGAGCAUUACGUCGCUUUGAAAAACUACCUAAAUGGCGGUUCAGGCGGGAAACCAACACCCCCGAAUAAGGCCCGCGACAAGCUGUUGCGCCUAUCGUCUGUCCAGUUUCUCGAACUCAGUACCGAUGUCUUUGACGAACUUUUGCGGAGACAAUCCCUCGGUCGCCGACCUUCGGGUCCUGGCGGUCAGGGGCCACCCCCUUACCUGAUGCCCGAAUCCAACUUCCAUCCCAAACGCAACCAGGCCAGGCAAAAACUGUCAUCCCUUGGGCCCCCGCGCUUUCGUGAUCUUGCAACUGACGUCUUUUGCGAACUGGAGAGGAGGUUUCCCCGCUUUGCCGCUGGAGACAUCCCUAGAGUGGGUAGCCCCGUAUCGGUCCGCUCGCAGGCGACAGUCAACGGGAAUGGCUAUCCCAGGAGUCAAAGUCGGAUGAGGCGGCCCUCAGACGCGAGCUCUAUGAGAGGAGGACCACCACCGCCCGACCCUUACGGAGUGCCUCCAUCACCUGGUAUGCCUCCGAAUGGCGACUACAACCGGCCGAUGCAAAAACAAUUUCAGAGCAAUACAAUCGUGCCGAAUAAAAGUACAAUGGUGGAAGAAGACGACGAUGGCAGCCCGAACGAAGACGAGGAAGCUUUCGGCCUCGAACGAACCGCGACUAAUCGUAGCAAGAGAAGCGAAGUCACGGAGCGGAGCGCGGUAGCAUCAGAGGCCGACAAGAAGCUUUUGGACGAAUACCAGACUCAAGUCCGCGAUCUGCGGGAAAAGCUUGACGUUAUGGAGGAUGCCAUGAAGAAGAAGGACGACGAAUUGAACAGCGUUCUGGAUGGAGAAAGAUCACGGUCAACAGCCGCGAAUAUGGAGAAGAAGGAAUUUAGCGACCUGCGUCUUGGCCUGGAGAACAAGCUCGCCGAGGCUCAAGAUCUUAACGCGUCGUUGAAGCAGGAGCUGGAUCGCAUGCGGGACGAACACGCUAACGAAUCUCGGCAAUUGAGAGACCAGAUGGAUGAGUUGCGCUUGUCUAGUGCGGCUGCAGGUGCAGCCAACUCUGGCAAUGCAGAUAGGGAGCUGCAAAUGGAAAACCAGCAACUUCGCCAGUCUCUACAGGAGCAGCAACAGGUUACGGAAGAGGCUCGACGCGAGGCUCGGGAAUUCCUCCGCGAAAUGAAGAUGCUUUCACAACAGAGCGGUUCAACUUGGCAGAAGCAGGAGGAGCUGGAGAAGACAAUUGAGCAGCUGGAAGCAGAGGUUCGCGACUGGCGCAAUCGCUACGCACGAACAAAGACACAACUUCGCAGCAUGCGUGCCUCUUCACUGGGACUAACCGUCGAGCAAGAUGCCUCAAAGUACAUUAGAGAAAAGGGAUUUGCACAGGAUGGAGGCGCAGUUAAGGAUGUCCACGUCACCAAAUUCCAGAUCGCCAUCGACGAACUCCUCCAACGCGCGCGCGCGGAGAACCCGGACACCGUCAUUGACGCUAUGAAGCAAGUCGUUGUCAGCGUUCGCCGAAUUACUAAGGAUAUCGACGAGGGUGUCGCUACCAACGAGGAGCUCGCGCAGCAGCGUUCCAAGCUCAAGGGCAAGAUCUCUUCGACGGCCAACCACCUCAUCACGACAUCAAAGAACUUUGCCUCGUCAGCAGGCAUCACGCCAGUUUCCCUCCUCGACGCCGCCGCCACUCACCUGGUUGCCGCUAUUGUCGAUCUCCUCCGAGUCGCAAAGAUUCGAUCCACGCCCGCUGGCGAACUCGAGGAUGAGGAUGACGGCACAAUCACUCCCGUUGACUCGACCGGUUUCUUCUCCCCUAGAACGGCCUCGAGACAGGAGUCGAUCAUCCAGGAGUCUUUGCCGCCAUUGGGACAGGCACCCGCACCUUUUCGUGGGCUUGGCGGUGGCCGAACCAGUAUGGACUCCUCCGCUUACAGCCCCAUCAACUCUCCUCGCCAGUCUGCGGACGCCUACAACCAAGCCCGGGGCGCCAAUGGUAUGAACGGUAUGAACGGGAUGGGUGGGUUCGCGGGCAUGAACCAGAACGGGCCAGCCAAUGGCUACGGUAACGCUAUGCGACAACAGGACAAUCGGGCUGAAGAUCUCAAGAUCUAUCUCGAGGACCAGACCGCGAUCUUGGUUCAAAACAUCCAGAACCUGGUCGGCUCCAUCCGAAGCGAUGCCGCCAUCAACCAGAUUACAUCCGAGAUCAACGGCAUCGUAGAGGUUGUCGACAAGGUCAUUGGCGAAACCGAGGCAUCUGGCAAUGGCAGCAUGAUUACCAGACUUGUCGCUUGCCGGGACCGCCUUUUGGAAGCCAGCGAUCGUGGUAUGGACAUAGACCGCGGCCAAGAUGUCGGUGCCACCGGGCGCAACGAUCGCGAGUGGAGGAUGUGGACGCAGACCCUACCUCCCAUUGCUUUCGAAAUUGCUCGGGAGACCAAGGAGCUGGUCCAGCGCGUCGACCGAAUGGUCAGCAAUGGAGACGACGACUUCUCUUAA